CCUGAGUAAUCCGUUCUCUUACAAAGCACCGCCCAUCUUCAAUCACGACACAAAUUAGAACCAACUUGUCCCCCACAAAAUGAUGUCCCUCGCCCUCCUCACCGUCCUCCUAGGCCUCUUCUUCACACCCUCCCACUCCAUCAUCUUCACCGUCCGCAACAACUGCCCCUACACCGUCUGGGCGGCCGCCUCCCCCGGCGGCGGCCAUCGCCUCGACCGUGGUCAGACGUGGACCCUCAACGUUCCCCCGGGCACCUCCAUGGCCCGGAUCUGGGGCCGCACCAACUGCAACUUCGAUGCUGGCGGACGGGGCCAUUGCCAGACCGGCGACUGCGGGGGCGUCCUCCAGUGCACAGGGUGGGGCGUGCCGCCCAACACCCUGGCUGAGUAUGCGCUGAACCAGUUUGGCAACAUGGACUUCUACGACAUAUCCCUAGUCGACGGGUUCAACAUCCCCAUCGAAUUUAGCCCCACCAAGCCAUCGUCGCAAGGCAAGUGUAGGCCGAUCAAGUGCACUAGCGAUGUCAACGGCCAGUGCCCUAAUCAAUUGAAAGCCCCCGGCGGGUGCAACAACCCGUGCACGGUGUUCAAGACCGACGAGUAUUGUUGCACCAAGGGCAAGUGUGGCCCGACCAAUUAUUCCAGAUAUUUCAAGAACAAGUGCCCCGAUGCUUAUAGUUACCCUCAAGAUGACCCCACCAGCACAUUCACUUGUCCGGGUGGGUCGACCGAUUAUAGGGUCGUGUUUUGCCCGAUGGGGUCGUCUUACUUUCCCUUGGAGAUGUUUGGAAGCGAGAGCUCGGAAUGAAGGGUUUGGCUAAAGCGUGCAGCGAAAAGGAAAAUAUAUGACUCUAAUAAAUGAUGAUGUUGAAUAAAGAGGGAGUGGAGAGAGACUAGAGAAGAGCAAUGUUCAGUGUUGCUGGGGGUGACUUCCUCGAGAACUAGCUCUCAUGUUGUGUUGUUGGAUAUGUAUGUAUCUAUAAGAAAUGUGACCUCAGUUUUCAAUAAGAUUACCAAGUUGUCUUUUGAGCA